AAAAAAGGGGAAUAUUAAACAAAUAAUGCAAGAGAAUUCAAAUCCGCAAGUUCACAGGACUGCGGUACUAGUAGUAUUUUGUACAUUACUUACUCCGUAAACGCCGUUAAGUCUCGCCGGCUGUCCAUCUCUCUAAGCACCGUCAACCCUCAAUUCUCCAAAAUCCUCUUCAUAAAUUCUCUCUUCUCUCUCUACUCCAAUUGCAUUUUCAUUCUCUUUUACACCUAAUUUUCCCAAUCUCUCAUCCAACAUCUGCCAUGUCGGUGAAAACUGUUGAAGUUAGCAAUGUCUCCCUGCGGGCAUCAAAGCGUGAUAUCCAAGAAUUCUUUUCUUUCUCUGGUGAUAUUGAAUAUGUCGAGAUGCGACGUGAUACUGAACAAAGUCAAAUUGCAUAUGUUACGUUCAAGGAUUCGCAGGGAGCCGAUACUGCGGUUCUUCUUUCAGGUGCAACAAUAGUUGAUAUGUCUGUUACUGUGACUUUGGAUCCAGUUUACCAACUUCCUCCUGCUGCUUUUACAGCAUCAGCGCCAACAGAAAAGAAAAGUGCUGGCAACUCAGAAUCCGCUUUUCAGAAAGCAGAAGAUGUUGUUAGCAGCAUGCUCGCAAAGGGUUAUAUCUUAGGUAAAGAUGCUGUGGGCAAAGCAAAGUCUUUUGAUGAGAAGCACCAGUUAACUUCCACUGCAAGUGCUAAAGUAGCCUCUUUAGACAAGAAAAUGCGUCUCACUGAAAAGAUAAGUAUUGGUACUUCCAUUGUUAAUGAGAAAGUCCGAGAAGUGGAUCAGAAGCUCCAGGUUUCGGACAAAGCAAAAUCAGCAUAUUCUGCAGCAGAGCAAAAAGUUAGUAGCGCUGGAUCGGCCAUUAUGAAAAACCGGUAUGUUCUCACCGGAACCACUUGGGUAGCAGGCGCUUUUAAUAAAGUUGCUCAGGCAGCAGGGGAAGUUGGCCAGAAGACGAAAGAGAAAGUGGGAAUGACAGAGGAUGAGCAAAGACAGAAAAUGGUUACUGAUUUUGCACAGGUUCAUUUAUCUGAGUCUCCAAAAGCUUCUGAUUUCACGGAGCAUCACUCAGCCAAGCCUGCACAAGUACAAGGUUUAGUCCUUUGAGUUGAAGGCCCUGUAAGUAUCUCUGAGGACACAUCCUGUUCCUGGUACUACAUUUCAAUUUUUCCAUUCAAUGGUUUAUAUACAAAUGGUAAAACAAUAUGUUAAAUAUGCAACUUUUAGAUGAUUUCUUUUGUAUCUAUGCUACUUGCUGCUACAGAAUUUGAUUGAAUUGAAUACGAAUGAUGUUUUUGUGUA